AUGGCCUUCAAACCAGCACUCGUCAUCGUCGACGUGCAGGAAGACUUCUGCCCACCAAACGGGGCACUGGCAGUGACAGGUGGACGCGACAUCGUACCCACAAUCAACGAGUUCCUUACGUAUCCGUUUGUUCUCAAAGUUGCGACCAAAGACUUCCAUCCCCAAGAUCACAUCUCGUUCGCAUCGAAUCACUCCGCGCCGAACAACAAACCCUUCGAAUCGACGUUCGUCAUCAAAAACCCAGAGAACCCAGACGAAACGCAAGAAACACGACUAUGGCCCGACCAUUGUGUGCAGGGAACAAAAGGCUCUGAGCUGCUGCCCGAGCUCCACGUCAGUAAAGUGGACCAUGUAGUCGAGAAGGGCCAGGACAAGCGCGUGGAGAUGUACUCUGCAUUUGCGGAUCCGUUCAAGAGUCAUGUGGCCAAGAGCAAUCUCGCAGACACACUGCGCAAGGCUGGAAUCACCGACGUCUACGUAGUAGGCCUUGCAGCCGACUACUGCGUGAAGUUCACUGCGAUUGAUGCACAGAAGGAGGGCUUCCAAACGUGGGUGGUGGGCGACGCGACGAAGGCGGUGGAUCCGUCAGCGAUGGAACAGGUUCACAAGGAAUACGAGAAGACCGGAGUCACGGUCAUAGGUAAGAACGACGCGCAAAUGCGGAAGGUCAAGGAGCAAGCGCAGCGGACGCAGGACCAGGACGCGAAAGACGCAGGGAAGGCUGGCGAGAGCGUGUUGGACUAG